AUGUUUCUUUUUAAGCGGUGCCCGCAUGAAAAUUGUAUCAUUAAAAAUUUCAAUCGAGACUUUCUUCGCGUUUGCUUCGGACGGUAUUAAAAAGUUAAGGUUCCUUAUGUGCGACCAAUCCUCUGCGCUAUGCAAUUUUAUAUUCAACAUAUUUUCAGUUACUAAAGUGGCGGUUCCUACUUUCAAUCCUUCGAUCUUGAUCUCCGCCUGCAAGUACACGUUAAUCCUAUCGUUACCAAACUUUUCCAAAUGCCACUGAAUCUCAUGAAAUUUUACUAAAUCGUGAAGUACGUGCAGCGUAAAGUUCUUUAUUUUCGAUGGUGUAGAAAUUAGGAACCCUGUCAAAUUUCAAGCUCGCCUUGAAUCCAUUCGACAUCAUUUCAAAAUUCAUGUAAUCAUUUUGCUUUAAGGUGAUUGCGUUUUCUUGGCAAUGAGGCGGUAGCGUAUCCAUAGCGGUCAGUCUAAACGAAAAUAUUGGAGUCUCCUGUCAGGAAUCAUUUUUUCACGAGUCAACUGGAUGAACUUAUUCGAAACCAGCUUCGCACGAUCAUCUUUUGUUCUAUCGAGUUUGAAACCUUCGACUGCUAAAUGGCUUCAUGUUUCAUUGCAGGUGCCGUAAGCACGAGCAUUCUGUUCUUAUUGUCCACCACCGCACGAACUUUCGCGCUAUCGAUAUCAUCCGGUAUAAGCAAGUUCUCGCAGUGCUUCAUUAUCUUUUUAAUGAUAUCACCAGCGUUCGAUUUAUCGAUGAUCCCUGGCAAAUGACUAGUGAACUGAUCGUUAAAUGGCCUGCACACGUUUACCCGCAGAUUGUUUCCUUUUACGGUUAUUUUGAUGGAAGACAUAUCCACCUCCGGCGACAGCAGCAUUCGUGCCUGCAAUUUAAUGGAUUACACACACCAUUGAUUGCAAUGAUCGUUCAUUAACCCCUUGCUUUAUGAUCACAGCUAAUAUCAGAGUGGUUAAUUGGUACAAAAAUUGUAAGGCAAGGGGUUAAUUAACAAGCCAGGAUCCACCUCAUAAACGUUGUCCGAUCGAACACCAAUUGAAACAAUCUGCAUUACAUAGCCGCAGUCAAGCGGUCUCGCAAUUCUCUCGGUCACUGGUUUACCAGAGUGUACCACUAAAGGAUUCGGUUUUCUGACAAAUUGAAAGGAAGUUGCACAUUUUGGACAGUGUGCCGAUUCCAUCGUCGCGUUUUCAUUGCUCUUUAACUGAUUUCUCUUUACGUUCAUUUUUCAGACGACUCGAACAUGCACCAUGUCAUCGCAGAAAGAAACACGUGGUGAUCGAGCGCUCUAUCUUCGAAGGGUGCAACAACGGUCACGAAAGGUUUACUUGUCAAUUUGGAAAGUGUGCUAGGAGGAGUGACAAUUGAAAAUCAGUUGAAAACAAAGUAACGAGCAUGUUCGAUAUUGCACGAUCUAAAUAGCUUUGUGCGAGGAGGUAAUAUUUUUUAAUUGAAUAAUUUGCAAUCAAUGCUCCUUACUUACCAAUUCAACCGUACUGUUUUGGAGCAUCGAGAACCUCAUUACAAUUUCAUUAUUAUUUGAUUGUUAUAAAGAUACUUAUAAAAAUUCUUGUUAAUAAUCGAGGCAUUAAUUAAAAAUUUUUAUAACGCAGUGGUGGUGUUGAGAAGAGUCGAGUGUGAAGAUGUAUGAGAGAGGAUCACCUAACUAUAACCGGCAGUUUGUUUAACAUUCGUGUCUGCAUUGUUUGAAACGCCUGCGCGAAUUUCCUUUGGAAGAGACGCGUUGGUAGGGGUAGCGCGGGAUUCAGGGUCGAAAUUGCACGGUGGUUGAAAAGCAUCGGACAUCAGUCGAGGACAGGCGGUCUCGCGUUUAAGUGGUAUAUCAAUUCCAUGUCGCCUUUGGUCCUGUUCUUUCAUUGCGGAGUUUUGGCAAUUAUUUUCGGGAACGGUUUGGGAGAUGAACACGAAUACAGACUGACGAAGUAUCUGCUCGAUGGAUACGACGCUGGUGUUCGACCAGCUAAAAAUUCUUCACAACCCUUGGCAGUCGUCUUUGGACUUUCUCUUCAUCAUAUAAUCGAUGUGGACGAGAAGAACCAGAUACUCACGACGAACUGUUGGGUGACACAGGUCUGGACGGACCACCAUUUGAAAUGGAACGCUUCGGAAUUCGCUGGAAUUCGAGUGAUUCGUGUACCAUACAAUCGUGUUUGGAGACCGGACACGAUUCUCUACAACAAUGCGGAUCCCCAAUACAGCUCGGCGGUUAUCAAUACGAAUGUGAUCGUCAGUCACACGGGAGAAGUAGUGUGGCUAAGUCAUGGAAUCUUUCGCAGCAGCUGCGACAUAGACGUGGAGUUUUUCCCCUUCGAUGAACAACGCUGCGUCCUGAAAUGGGCCUCUUGGACAUACGAUGGAUACCAACUCGAACUGGAGAGGCAGAGCGAACAAGGAGACGUGAGCAAUUACCAAGCGAACGGUGAAUUCGACUUGGUCGAUUUCUCCGCGAGAAGGAACGUCGAGUACUAUUCAUGCUGUCCGGAACCGUAUCCAGACAUCACCUACGAGAUACGUCUAAGACGUCGACCGAUGUUCUACGUCUUCAAUUUGAUUCUUCCAUGUAUACUCAUCAACGGCGUUGCCCUGUUGGUAUUCUACGUGCCCUCGGAAUCGGGAGAGAAAGUCACCCUCGGGAUCUCGGCUCUUCUCUCUAUGACGGUCUUCCUAAUGACUAUUCGCGAGACACUGCCGCCCACGGAGAAGACACCUCUGAUAAGUCUUUAUUACGGAGUCAGCAUUUGCUUGGUGUCUUUCGCUUCGGGAUUAGCCGUGGUUACGUUAAAUCUUCAUCAUCGCGGCGUUCGAGGUAGCAGAGUACCCGGUAUCGUUCGAUCUUUGGUCUUGGACAAACUUGCCAGGAUAGUGUUCCUGAAUUUCCAAGAGGAGAAGAGAUCGGAACCAGUCGAGCCACCCCGAAGAAAGAACAACUGCCCGUUGCAUUGUAAACCGGAAGUAGCACAGUCACAGUCAUCCCCGAAGUUCGUUACCAGAAGGGAGGAAAGCAACAGUAGCAGUCCUAGUUUGGGUGAGUUUCGAGCUGCUGCUAGAACAAUGAACUGGAAAAAAUCAACGACUGGUGCAGAUCUAGGAAAAGAAGGUGGCCUCGAAGCCCAAUGGUCGAGAGUCCUGGGAAGAGUACACGCGACGAUCGAGAGGAACGAGAAACGAUUGGCAGAGCAAGAUCGUCGGGAAAGGAUGGAAUUGGAUUGGAAACAGGUCGCUUUGGUCAGCGAUCGAGCACUUCUUUGCAUUUUUUUUCUCACGACGAUCGUCAGCACCACCGUCAUCCUUUGCGGCUCACCACCUACUACGAACAUCGCCAAAGAAUAAUGUUCAUGACACGAGAAUAACUUUGUUUCGAAUAAGAAUCGAUUGGUUUUUUCUCCGAUCUUUAGUAAGGUAUUACGUUUACUUUUUUUUUCUUUUUUUAAUUUACUUUCAGAAACGAUUCUGGUAGCUCUCUUCCUUUUUUAUACAAUAAAAGAGGUAAUUCAUUGAAUCGUCUGUAAAUAUACGUGUGUCAAACGAUGUUGAAUCGAUUAACUAUAAGUAUCUUAAAAAUAAGAUGUAUAGCAUUUGUUUAACAGAGAUAUACUGGUAUGGAAAUAAACUCUCUGUUUGUUUAA